GAUAAACAAGUGGUGGUGGAGGGUGGGUGGCAGCCAGCCAGAUCCCAGCAACCCCGAGAUCGCCUCCUUUCCGUCUCCUCCUCUCUCCUUCCCGCCGGCGAGGGAGAUCUCGCCAGAUUGAUUUGAAGCUCACCUUCUUGGUACUCAUCUGCUCUGGUCGGUACUUGUAUGAGUUCACAAGACAUCCGACAGAGUUCACAACACGUUCGACAUGAAGCUUUUAGAAUACACCCCGUUCGACAAUGUAAAUGUGUUCUUCGAGCAACUGAAUCUUGGUGAUUGUACAAUUAGGGGAAACCUUGAAGCCUUCUCAUGCAAGCAUGCCGGUAAUGAUCGCCGGCUUUCAAUAAGUCUUGAACAUGACAUUCUUGAUUACCUCGGGAAGUCCUCUGAUAGUGAUCCUCCUUCACCUGUGGAGCAUUUGUCUUGUAGAUCCAGCCGGAAAACGUUGAUAUAUCUGGUUCUCACUCUUGGUCAUAUGUAUCCAGAUUAUGAUUUCAGCAGUGCAGUUCGGGCACACCUGUUCUUCAGAGAAGAAGAUAUGGAAAGUUUCAGGCAGAUGCUAGACAACUACCUAUCUGAGGCUUGUAUGCUUUGGGCAGCUAAAAAUGAAGGCAGUUCUCUUCUGGACAGUAUGACUAAAGCUAUUGACGAGGUUAUCAAAAUCAGAGAGUGCGAUAUCUACAGCUACAACCCAGACUCUGACGGAGAUCCAUUUCUGGAGAAAGGGGCCAUAUGGUCGAUCAACUUUUUCUUCUACAACCGUAAGCUGAAGCGAGUAGUGAGCUUCCGAUGCUGCUGCACUAGCAAGUUUGCAGGAGAUGACUUCCUCGCUGGUGUGCUCUCUGAGGGCGAGGAGGACGCCUUGAUCGACAUGGACAUAUGACUGACUAGCCCGGUUCUGCUAGGAACAUGACCAACCAACCAGCAGUGACCUGUUCGUGUAAUAUAUGCUAGCACGUAUGCCAGUAGGACUCCUCAUGGCAAGCAGUUUCCCUCUAGGGAACUUGUAGAGCGACUUUGCCUGUCUGUAGAGAAUACACUCUGAUCUCUGUUGUUGCCCUUGUCUGUAGUUUCAAGAUUUGAAGUCUGUAAUUUCAAUCUGCCAAAUUUGAACUGGCAAUUUCUGAAUUUGGCUUUCAGUUCUGCAAA